CGAGCCCGGCCCCGGCUGCGGGAGCUCGGUCCGGUGGCGCGGGGGGAGGCGGCGGCGGCGGCGGCGGCUGCGGGGGGGGGGCUGCUGAGCGAGGCGAGGGGCGGCCUCCCCCUCCCGGCCGGAGGCAGGGCGGCGGCGGGGGCGAGGCGGAGCGGCGGGGAAGGCGAGCCGGCAGCCGGAGCGGGCGUGUGAGCCCCAUGGGCCGAGAGCCUGCGAGAGGGGGAGGAGGAGCCGCCCCGCCGCCCGCCGCCCGGGGAUGGUGAGGAGGCGGCGGCUGCCGGCAGCCCAGUGAGGCCUUCGCUCGGCACCCGCCGGAGAGCCCGCCUCGCCAGCCUCCCCCUUCCCCCCGCUCGCUCGCUGGCUCGCUCCCCCCUUCCCUCCCCUUCCCCUGCCUCCCUCCCCGGCUCCCUUCCCCUGCCGCCGCCACCCUCCCAUCACCUCCUCCCCGGGCUCCAGCCAUGAGGGAUGUACAUUUCAAAAUACAGUUAUAAAGGGGAGUUACUAACACUUAAUUCAGAAGAAUAUUUGUUUACAGAAAUAGCUGAGAAGGAGGAAAACGGGAAAAAAAACCCCAAACCAUCCCUUUUGUGGAGCCUUCUGCAGGAGUUCAGGAAUUUCAACAGAGUGAUCUUUUGGCAUAAACUGGUUUUUCAAGAGACAUUCCUGCCAUUAUGAAUGAAGUAGCAAUAGUGAAGGAAGGGUGGCUUCACAAACGAGGAGAGUACAUAAAAACAUGGAGGCCGCGGUAUUUUCUUUUAAAGAACGAUGGCACAUUCAUUGGCUACAAGGAACGACCGCAGGACGUUGACCAGCGAGAAUCACCUUUAAAUAACUUCUCAGUAGCUCAGUGCCAGCUGAUGAAGACAGAACGACCUAAACCAAACACAUUUAUCAUUAGAUGCCUCCAGUGGACCACAGUAAUUGAAAGAACAUUUCAUGUGGAGACUCCAGAGGAGCGGGAAGAAUGGACAAAAGCCAUCCAAACAGUAGCAGACAGUCUCAAGAAACAAGAGGAAGAGAUGAUGGAUUUUAGAUCCGGCUCUCCCAGUGAUAAUUCAGGUGCUGAAGAAAUGGAAGUUUCUAUGACAAAGCCAAAACACAAAGUGACCAUGAAUGAGUUUGAAUACCUUAAACUACUGGGAAAAGGCACUUUUGGAAAGGUCAUUUUAGUUAAAGAAAAAGCAACUGGACGGUAUUAUGCUAUGAAAAUUCUGAAGAAGGAAGUUAUUGUAGCAAAGGAUGAAGUAGCGCACACGCUGACAGAAAACCGGGUUUUACAGAACUCGCGGCACCCAUUCUUAACGGCUUUAAAGUAUUCCUUUCAGACACAUGAUCGCUUGUGUUUUGUUAUGGAGUAUGCUAAUGGAGGGGAGUUGUUUUUCCAUCUGUCAAGAGAGCGUGUCUUUUCUGAAGACCGGGCUCGGUUUUAUGGAGCUGAGAUCGUUUCAGCACUGGAUUACCUGCAUUCAGAGAAGAAUGUGGUUUACAGAGAUUUGAAGUUGGAAAAUCUUAUGCUGGAUAAAGAUGGACACAUAAAAAUAACAGACUUUGGACUAUGUAAAGAAGGUAUCAAGGAUGGAGCAACAAUGAAGACUUUCUGUGGCACUCCAGAGUAUCUUGCACCAGAGGUGCUGGAAGAUAAUGACUAUGGUCGUGCAGUGGACUGGUGGGGUUUAGGAGUUGUGAUGUAUGAAAUGAUGUGUGGCCGGCUCCCUUUCUACAAUCAGGACCACGAAAAGCUCUUUGAACUCAUCCUUAUGGAGGAGAUCAGAUUUCCGCGCACUUUGUCACCUGAAGCAAAAUCUCUCUUGUCAGGUUUGCUGAAGAAAGAUCCUAAGCAAAGGUUAGGUGGCGGUCCUGAUGAUGCCAAGGAGAUUAUGCAGCACAAAUUCUUCGCUGGCAUUGUUUGGCAAGAUGUAUACGAGAAAAAGCUUGUACCUCUGUUUAAGCCACAAGUUACAUCUGAAACAGAUACAAGAUACUUUGAUGAAGAAUUCACAGCACAGAUGAUAACAAUCACUCCUCCUGACCAAGAUGACAGCAUGGAUUGUGUAGAUAAUGAGAGAAGACCUCAUUUUCCUCAGUUCUCCUAUUCAGCCAGUGGAACCGCUUAAUGUUUUGCAAUGUUUUCCCAUUCAGAAACAAAACAGACUGCAUUUUGGGGACCUUACUUCAAUGGACACUAGAGAACUUUCUAUAUUAUCUGAAUUACAAACUGUGUUUGUAUUACGAUUUAGAUGAAUUUGUAGGAAGCCUCACAGAUUCUGUAUUUAAAACAAUUCUUUGAUGCAUUUUUGAGAAGGAAAACAAAUCCAUUCUUAAAGUAUUACGUCAAGGCUUUUAUGCUGAAUGACUGUAGGUUUUUAAGAAUAUACACCAAAACUGUUUACUUUAGAAAUAAUUAAGGUAUUCAACAUAUCAGCAACUCUGACCAGAAAAUCCCCUUGUUUUAUUUAUUUCAUACAGUUCAUUAUCUAAAUAUAGAAUCUGCACUCUGAACAAUUAGAUUUAUAUAGGAAGAUAUAAGACUUUAGUAGCUAGUGCAAUAAUAUAAGCAACAAAGUGAACAAACUCUGGAGGGUUAAGGUUCAAACUCAUUUUGGACAGCAGUGAAGUGUCAACCAACUCCAGAAAACCAACUAUAGGAACAGCAUUAAUGGCCUCAGUGAGGUAAAUCAAAAAGCAAAAGUUAUUUUUGUUAUAACAUCUGCUACAAGACAUUACAUAUCAAACGGAAUCCAGUGGAAUUGCCACAUCGUACAGAUGAGUAUUUCAUUCUUGACAGUGCAUUUAAUUAUUCCAUUUGCAUAGAGUUUAGGAAUACUUCAUAGGAUUGGCUUCUCAGAACCUAGAAAAUGCUUGAUUUACCAAUCUAAUAUGAAAUGCAACGAUGCAAAAUCACCCAGUUUCACCACUGUUAGAAAUACCGUACAGGUCUAAGGGAGAAAUCACCUUAAUGAGUGAGUCAGCCAGACAAAAGUACAUUUUGGCACUGAAGUAAUGACUUGUUGCCGCUUUUUUUUUUAAUGAAAAGAUACAUGAAUAUAUAUAAACACUUAAUGAUUUUUUGCGUCAUGCCAGAUCAUUUCUUCUUUCUUGAGUGCAUUAAAGGUAUCAGCCAACAGUUCAUGGUGCCUUCUCACUCUCAAAGAUUCACUUUAACAGUGUUUCCCAUGUAUAAGAAAAAAAAUAGGUUGAAACUUCAUAUGUGUUUGAAUAAUAAUGGUGUUCAAAAACUGAUUUUUUUUUGUUUUUUCAUUUUUAAUCUUAGUGGAAAAUUCCCCACACCCUAUUUUUGUUGUACCAUGUUUCUUUGUAAUUUUCAUAAAAGCAGUCUUAUUCUGUC